AUGUAAUAAUAACUUCUAAAUCCAAUACAAAAUAUCAACGAAAAAUACAUGAUUACGUAAAUAUUCAUAUUACUCAAUCAGUGAUAAUGGGAAUGAACCUUUACCAAAUAGUGGUAGAAAAUCCUCUUAAUAUGAAGAAAAAGCAACAGAAUAACGAAAAAGAGAUGAUCAAAAAUUAGAAUUGUCUCAUUAUAGAGAUUUAUGCGAAUAAUUAAAUAAAGAGAAUUUACUACUCAAAUCAUUCUAAAUAGAAAAUAAUGAGUUGAAACAAAAAUAAUUACUUAUGAAUGUCGAGUUAUCUGCUGCUUAAUAAGAACUCUUAAGAAUUAGACACUAGUUUGGAUCACAAUAAUCAACUGAUAAAUAAAUAUUAAAAAUUCAAUAAGGUAUUUUAUUACAGUCAUUUUAUAGAUAAUCUAAAUUUGUAAUAAUAAAUUAAUGACUUAAACAAAUAAAAACAGAAUUUAGAAGCAGAAAUUAAAUUAUUUAAAGAAAAUCGUUUAACAUAAUCUAUUGAAAUAUCAGAUAUGAAUGUUUCAUUAUAUUAAAGAAAAAUAAAAGAAAUGGAAGAAGAUAUUUAAAUAUUGAUAGAUGAUUAUAAUAGCAGUUAAGAAAAAUUGGAAAAAGCUUUAUAUGAUUAAAAAUAAUAAUUUAAAAUUGAUAUUGAUUAAUUAAGAAGUUAAAAUUAAUUAUUGACUGCUGAAAUCUCAGGAUGGCAAUAAAGGUAUAACAAUUUAGAAAUAAUGAAGAAUGAAUUAGCCAAUAAAUUAAUUAUUCUAGAAAAAGAAAAUUAAUAAUUAAUCUACAAAAGUAGAUUUGAAGAAUCAUAGGCUAAUUUAGAUAUUAUUUCUUCAUUAAAAGAUUAAAUUCAAUAAUAAACUAAAUAAAUUAACAAUUUCAAAUCUGAAUUUUAAAUGAAAUAAUAAAAUGAAUCUUAAUUAAUAUAUGAAUAACAAAAUUUAAGAUAAAAGAUAGAGUAGUUAAAAAGUUAAAAUUUAAAUACAAAAAAAGUAGAAAAUUAACAGUAUAAAAAUGAAAUUUCUAAGUUGAAGUAAUAAAUCGAAUAAUUGUAAUUGGAAGUCUAAGAAAAUGAAUACUAAAAUAAUAAAAAAUCAAAUUUAAAAGAAGAAUAAUUAAAAUAAUAGAUAAGUUCUUAUUUAGAAGAAAUUGAAACAUUAAAAAGUGAACUUUUAUUAUAGUAAGAGUAAAAUGAUCAAAACUUAAAAGAUUAAGAAAAUCGCUUUUAAACUGAACUUAAAAGUGUAAAUGAAAAAUAUAUAACAUUAUAAAAUGAAAUUAAUAGUAAAACAUAAUCAUAUGAAGAGAGCAGAAUUAAAUUUUAAACUUAAUUAGAAGUAAAUAAUUAUGAAACAUAAACAGAGAAAUUAAAACGAGAAAUUAGAUAAUUUGAAUAAUAAAUAAAAGAGCAAGACAUAUAAACAAAACUUUGGUAAGAAAAAUUUUAUGAAUAACAAACAUAAAAUGAAGAUUUAAGAUAUAAAUAUCAAGAACUUCGAAAUCAAAUCAGUUAGUAUUUAAAUUAUAAAACAUAAAAUGAAUAUGAUUAAAAAACUAUUCAAAAUUUAGAAGCUUUGGUAGAAGAAUAAUAAAAUAUAAUGCAUACAUUGUAUUAAAAAGAAUACCAUUAUAAAGAAACGAUAAAUAAAUACGUUCAAAAAAUAGAAGAAUUAUAAUUUACAAAUAAUGAAUAAUAAGUGAAUUAGACAUAAUAGUUGUAAUUUUAAAUUGAUUAAUUGUAAAUUAAGAUGAGAGAAUAAGAGAUUUAAUUAAAUAGUAAAUCAUAAUUCCUUGAUUUAGAAACAUAGAUUGAAAUUGAAAAAUUGAAGUUUUCAGAAAGAGAAAUAUAAAUUUCAAAAUAACAAAAAUAAGAUAAAAAAAAAAUUCAAUAAUUAGAAUAACAAUUAGAAAAUUUUUAGAAAGAAUAUACUUUAUUAAAUUAGAAGAAAAAUGAAGUUGUCAAAGAAUAUAUUUAAGUUGAAAAUUAAUAGGAUAAAAAUAGAAUUUUAUAAUUAGAGCAAUCUUUGUAAAAUCUCUAGUAAGAGUAUCUCAUAGUGAAUUAAUAAUACAUUAGUCUACAACAUUAAUAUAGUACUUAAAUUAUUUAAUAUCAAUAAAACAAAGGUUUAGAAGAAGAUAGAAUAAAAAUAAAAGAGCUUGAAGAAUAAUUAAAAACGCUAACAGAUUAAUAUUCAGAUUUGAAUAAUUUGAAAUAAUAAGUUUAGAAGGAAGUGAUUAAAGAAAUUAUUGAAGUACCAUCAUCAAGUGAUUAAAUAUUAAUAAAAUAGUUGAGAUAGGAAUUAUCAUAAUUAUAAUCAGAAUAUAUGAUCUUAAAUAAUCAAAAACUAAACUAUGUUGAAGUAUAAUCAGAAGUAGAUAAAAAUAGAAUUAAAGAAUUGGAAAAAUAAUUAAUAAUUUUAAGAUAAGAUUAUGAUGAAGUUUGUAAAUAGAAAUAAGCUAUUGUAACAGAGUAUGUAGAAAUUUCUUCAAAAUAAGAUUUGUUAAGAAUUCAAUAAUUGGAGAAAAUGGUUUAACAAUUAUAAGAAGAAAAUUUUUAAUAAUAAAUUUCAUAUUAAGAAGAAAUUUCUAAAUAAAUCAUAAUCAAUAAAGAUUUAGAAUAAGAAUAAGUUUAAGAAUUAUAAUAAUAAAUAAAUAUAUUAAAAGAAGAAAAUUAAAAAUUAUAAUUCUAAUUAAUAUAAUAAAAUGAUUCUUUGAAAAAAUCAUCUAGUUCUGAUUUUUUAAAGAUUUAAUAGUUAGACUAUAAGAUUAAAAUUUUAGAAUAGACUAAUUUAGAUUUAUAAAAAUAACCACCUCAAAUUUAAAUUGUGAAAGAAACUAUUUAAGUAAGUAAAGAUGAAGAUAUAUUCAAAAUUAAAUAAUUAGAAUUAUAAUUAUAACAAAAAACAGAUGAUCUUUAAUAUUUUGAAUCAUAAUUAAAUUAAUAAAAGAAAAAUGUAGAAGAACUUCAAUCUGUAAAUGAAAAAGUAAAAUAAGAAAAUACAAAGAUGAGAUCUUAACUAUUAGAAUUAUAAUCAAUUAUUGAUAGUUUAUAAUUUAAGGUUAAAGAGAACAAUAAGUCUCAAGAAGAAAUGAAACAAUAUAAAUAAAUGAUUAAUUAAUAUGAAUAGAGAGAUAAAAUGAAAUAUGAUUCAUCAAAAAUUGUAAAUGAAUUAAAAACAAAAUUAAAUGAUUCAGAAAAUGAAAUAAAAAGAUAAUGGGGAUAAUUUGAGUUAAGUAAACAAGAUUAUGAAUUUAAGCUUAAGAGUUAAGAAACAAAAUUUACUUAAUAAAUAUAGUAAUUAUAAUAAGAAUUAUAAUUCAAAUUGAAAUCAAGUGAAUAAGAAAUAUUAAUUUGCAAAAAUAAUUCUAAAUAGUUUUAACUUUAAAAUGAAGAGAUGAAAAGAGAAAUCAAAAGAUUAUCUGAUCUAAUAAAACAAAAAAACGAUGAAAUUUUAAAACUUAAUGACUGUUUACAAACAUAAACUGCAAAAAUAGAAUAAUCUUAAUCUAAAUUUAAAGAAAACUAGACAUAAAUUUAAGAUAAUGCUGUGUUAUAAGAAAAAAUGUCUUAAUUAAUGUAACAUUGCAAUAAAUUAGAAACAGUUUUGAAAUAAUUGGAAGAAGAAAAAAAAAUUCAAAAUAAAGAGCUUCAUGAACAAUUUAAUAAAAAAAUAAUGGAAGUUUAACAAAUUAUAUAUAAAAAAGAUAACGAAAUUUAAAAGUUGUCUAAUUAUAUCGCAAAAUAUUAGGAGUAAAUGUAGAAUCAUGAAAUAAAUAAAUUAAAUUAUGCAUAAUAAAAUGAGUAUAAAUUUAUCUAAUUUAGUACUUCAUAAUUUUUGAUUGAGUUAUAAAAUCAAUUAAGUAUAGUAAAGCAAGAAUUGUUAAGGCAAACUAAUUUAAAAGAAGAAUUAUAAAAUAAAAACAAUGAACUUUAAAUUAAAGUACUUUUAUAAAUUUAUUUUGUUAGAUUACCGAAUAUGAGUAAGGAAAUAGAAUUUCAGUUAAACCUGAUUAUUAAUUAACAGAAAGAUUGUAAGGAUCAAAUAGUUCUAGAAAUCUUGUUACUGUUGACUACAAUUUAAAUGAUUCUCAAUUUUAAAAUACAAGUUAAAUGAGGAUAAGAGAUUCAACAAGUUUAUAUAAUCCUAAGCCAAACAAUUUUAAUCCUUUAAAUUCUUCUGUAAAAAUUGAAAAAUAAAGUAGAUAAUAAAAUAAAAAGUUUUUACUUAAAAAAAGAGUUAAAUAUAUUGA